CUAGUGUGUGACGCUUAGCAUCGAUAAUUUAUGACGAAAAGCGAAGGUAAGGUUCCUCCGUAACAAACAUGGCUGGCGUGUGCAGCCGUUGAAAAUAGACAGCCGAAAUAUCAAUUGACUGUGAUGGGGAUCACUGGACAAAGAGCGUUCGAAUAGCCUGGUCGCCUCAGUUUCAUCGUGCGCACUGGCCAACACGGUGGCAGAAAGUGAGACUGUUCAGUAAGCACAGUAAAAUGAAGAAUAAAAUGCCCGUUGCCAUGGAGAUGCAAAUAACUUUUAUAUGUCUGUUGGUGGGGACGCUUAACAUAGUGACAGCUACACACGCAGCCUUUGGUACAGAGAGACAGCGCUAUGACGGAUGGUUUAAUAACCUGGCCAACCAGAGAUGGGGUACCAGAGGCUGCCAUCUUCUCAAUACUGUUCCACAGAGCUAUGAUGACUACACAUACCAACCAUCUGGUCAAGGACGUCCUGCUGCCAGGGACAUCAGCAAUGCUGUCUUCAAUGGAAGCAGCGGACUGCCCUCCUACAACAACCUCACAGCCCUCAUGGCUUUCUUUGGUCAGUUAGUCACCUACGAGAUCACCUAUUCUUCAAUGCCAACAUGUCCAGUUGAAUUGGUCAAAGUUCCUAUUCCAAAGUGUGACCAAGAUUUUGAUCCCAAGUGCUCUGGUAGAGAGAUGAUGCCGUUUUAUCGAGCUGCAUAUGAUAAAAGGACAGGAAGAUCCCCUAAUAAUCCAAGAAAACAGAUUAAUGAAGUUACUAGCUGGAUUGAUGGCAGUUUUCUCUAUGGCACACAAGAGGUAUGGGCUAACUGUCUGCGAGCCAUGCACGAUGGACGCCUCAAGUCAGUCAAUGGGAGCAGGGAGGAAGAGUUCCCAGCAAUGAAUCAUAUUCGUCUUCCUUUAGAUAACUUCCCUAGUCCACACAAACAUAAACUAAGUGAUCCUGAGACUAAGUGGAUGUUUGGCCAUCCUCGUACCCACAUGCACCCUGGCCUCACGGCGCUGGGAAUAGUGUGGUUUCGUUGGCACAAUUACAUGGCGGAUCGGUUCACCAGCAUGAUGAAUACCACCUGGGCUGAUGAAGUAAUGUUUCACAAGACAAGGCGCUGGGUAAUCGCAACAAUGCAGAACAUAAUUAUGUAUGAGUGGUUGCCAACACUGUUGAAUGAGAAGAUUCCAGAGUACACAGAUGACAAAGGAUGACAAGAGGUAAUUUCCAGAGUUAAUCAUCCCUGGUGACAGAUA